CACCGACACUAGUUUGACGCAGUUUUAUGCAUAUGUUGUACAUUUUCCCAGAUAAAAGAAACUACGGUCACUUUGGCUUAAAACGUGUUUUCAGUGUGGCUCAAAAUGGGAAAAUUGGAGGUUUAUUCAGUGGUUCCUCUACGCACCAAUCCUCAUGCCGAAAUCUGCCCCAUCGUCUUCAUGCGGGAGCACUUUAUUCAUCUGACGGAUCCUAACAAACCCAAGGGUCGCACACUCAUUCUGCUCAAUAUUCCGCCUUACGUGGCAGAGGAGAGCCUGAAAAAGGUCUUCAGUCCGGCGGGAAGCAUUGAGGCCGUUGAGUUCGCCUUUAGGCCGGGAAAAGACAAUAACAUCAAAUGGUACAAGAGCAACAGGAGACCGCGGCUGCCCUUUAUCUUUAAGGUGGCGUACAUUGUGUUUGAGAAAGCCAACAGCAUCAACAAGGCCCUGUCCUUGAGAAGUAUCGACCUCUUCAACACCAGCGGCGAGUGCAUUGUCAAAACUGGCAUGGAGCUUUGCCAUGAGGAAUACCAGCAGAACUACCUUUUGGAGCCUAACAAGACGAGGGUACAGAUCAGCAAACACAUAGCCGGGUACGACAAGUGGGAACGAGCUGUGAAGGAGUCGGCUAAGAGCGGAGAAGUCGAUGCCGAAGGAUGGGUCACAGUAGGCAAGGAGGGGCGUAUCGCUGGAUUUGAGCAAAAGGGCUCCCUGGUUGGUCGCCUGGAACAAAAGAGGCCCAAGGAAAAGAAGUCCAAAGAACUGAAGAACUUUUACACCUUCCAGAUCCGCGACAGUAAGAUGCAGAAUAUUUUAGAAAUGCGCAAGAAGUUUAUGGAGGACAAGCGAAAGAUCGAGCUGCUUAAGCAGUCGCGUCGCUUCAAACCGUUUUAGUCAGUAGGCAUUGGUUAAAAAUCAAUAACAUUUCUUUUUAUGAUACCAGAAAGACCCAACCCAAAAUAUUACCUUGGCUUUUGCCACAGACACUAACGUGACCAAGUUCUUACCAUGUUAAAAUACAAAUGGUCAUUGGCCCGAAAGCUGAAAAACAUAUGAAAAAUCGGCAAUGAAGCUCAGCACAACAAUAACGUAUGGUUAGUUUGAGAAAGAUACAAAUGCUUUGCUUAUUAUUUGAAAUCAUAAUCAUGGCUGUGGCGUUAUAGAGCCAGAAAUAGUAUUCGCAGACCAUACAUUAUGCGAUCACUUCUCUAUACAACCAAGUCGUAAAUUCUGGGUUUUUUGUGCUUGACGCACACGUAUCCAAAAGAAAAAAAAAAAGAGAUACCCUGCAGUACCAUUCAGCACUGGAUGAGCACCGAAUCACCACAAAGUGCUCAUUACUCAGCGCUCAUUCAGUGCUCAGUUUGUUUGAAAAUGACUGACUGACUGAAAACUACUCAGCGCAGCUUGAGCGCUUAGCAGAUAUAUAAAAAAUAAAUAAACUUUUUGUUUGAUUUUA